AUGACGAACAGUCGGACUUGCCUGCUACAUCGCCGCACUUUCCGCCAUCUUGGCUAUCGUCUCGUCUUCUUCUUCUUCCUUGUGGAGUUCUGGGUGCGCUAUGGAUUGGACCCCGCUAUUGGUCGCCGUGUCUUUGACCUUUUGAAGCCCAAGAUUGAGGAGAUCAAGACUUCCCUGGCUCCCAAAACUACACAGGCCGACAUUGAACCGUACCAGAACCUGGAGCGAGAGACUUGGGAAUACACAGCCCGUGAAUUCCUCCACGAAUUCCGAUUUGAUACCGUUGUUGCCGCAGACCGCUUUGGAAACAUCUUGCAGUAUGUGCAGAGCCAGUACCUGGAGGACAAGAAGUCAGCCUAA